AUGGCGGAUGCAAGCUUGGAUAGGGCUGAUCGGCCAGCCUCCGAUCAGGCGUUGUCGUCAGAUGAGGAGGACCUUGUUUCAAGCCAAAACACACCGUCGGCAGAACCUGAGGCUCGCACUGCAAAAAGCCUCUCUUCCGCACUUGGAAAGCUACAACUUGACACCCCGCCAAACCCGAAUCAGGCCCACCACAGCGCGACUCGGACUUGUACACCUGGCACUGAUGCUUCGAUUCUCGAGACCUCGAUGUCGAAGCCUGAGAAGAAGAAGAUGGAGCUACUAGACUUGCCUCUGGAUGUGUUGAAGGAGAUCGUCAAAGAGGUGACACACACGAACGACCUCACUUCCCUCGCACUAACAUGCUCUGCCCUCCACAACCUCACCAUCCCACACAUGUACUCUCGCUUUGAUAUUGUCUGGCCUGAGUCGCUGAACCCUUCGACUGAAGACUACUCCGGGGUGGAUGCUCUGUCCUACGGAUUGUCCACACUGGUGAUGGGUGAGGAUGUAUUCCAUCAGAUACCGCCGCCGAGAUCCAAUCAAUUCUCACAAGUUUGCGCGCAUUGUGGACAUGGCGAGUCGCAGGCUGUCGCUCCCGGGUUCCAGUCGCGACGAGGAAACUACUAUGCCCAAUACACCCGCACGUUCUCGAUCGGCAAUGGCCCGUUGAGCUGGGUCCAGGAAUACUCCGUGAAUAGGGAGGUGGGCAAGAUGCUAGGAACGCUCGUGGCUUUGGCAGUAGCUCGGAUGGUCAAUCUGGAGGCAUUCAUCUGGGACAUGCCGACGGGUGUAGUCCGUGAGAUCUGGCUUGCUCUUGCAUCACUAGCCAACCGGCCGGGUCAUGAGUGUCGGCUGGAGCGUGUUUGGGUGCGCUGGCAUGACAAUUCGGAGCAUUUAAUACGCCCCAAUACUUCGCUCUUGUCGGGGCUACUCAGUUCCUUGAAGAACACCCAUAUCGAGCACCCUUCGCUAUCAGUGUUGCCGCCGCUCAAGAGUGUAACAGUUCUCGACAUAGAUGAAUCGGCUUAUGUGGAUGAGCUUGCAACCCUCAUUGAGCGGUCUCGUCAUCGCUUGAUUGAAUUGCGGGUUGGGAUCUCUUCAAAAGCCAGUAUGCUAUCCUGGGUUCGGUGCGCUAAGGACAACGAUGUCUCCUUCAACUCUCCGAAGUUGUGGCCUAGGGUUGGCGGUGUGCUUAGUAUUUUGUCUAAGCGUGAUGGACCCGCCCAGCAAGAGGACGCCUCUACAGACUCCACCGUUGAAGAGUCGGUGCCUUCGGAACCUACUACGUAUGUUCCGUCGAUGGAGCAAUCUAACGAAGGGGAAUCUGAAGCUCCACAAAGGAUGAAAUUGAGUGAAACACAGCCGUCUUCAGUGCCCGCCAAUGAAAAUGGACCUCUAUCGUCCGCAGGCGUUCCCAAGUCCACUAACAAGACUUGUGUGCCAUUCUAUGGCACUCAUACGAAUAGUGAUAAACUCAAUCUCCAGGUCCUUGAGUUGGAGCGAAUCCCCUUACAUAUGCCAACUCUUCUACCAACCAUCGAGUGGACCCGGCUCACUACUCUUACCUUGAUGGCAUGUACGGACCAUGAGAAUCUCUGGAGAGCCUUGCGCCGAAAAUAUGCUCCUCCGCCUGUACCAGCUAACAAGCAACACAAAGGCGAUCGUCGCCAAAGCCUUGAUGCCACAGAUUACUCCCUCAACCUCAAGCAUUUACGGACGGAUACCGUUUCCCCUUAUCUGAUGCUGUUCAUCAAGGAGGCCAUUGCUCCUAAUACCCUAGAGAGCGUGUACUUGCACGAAGCACCUGACUACGAUUCAUCCGUCCCCAUCGAUGCCAUCUACAAGCACAUACUCCGCAGGCACCGGCUGAGUCUACGAAAGGUCCUAAUUGAUGCAUCUGAGCGAUUCAUCACCGCCCCCGACAUCACAACCAAUCGGUGGCAGAAGUGGAUAUUCAACCACGAGAUGAUCUCGUUCGUCACAGGUGGUCGCAUGCCGCAGUUACGGGAAUUAGGAAUGGCAAUGGACCACCGCAACUGGCAUCAUUUCCUCCAACGACUCCCUAAUAUGCCACGACUGUACGCUCUCUACCUAACACACAUCGGCAAUACCGUCCAGCGGGAUCUGAAAGAGCUCGCUCUUCAAGUGCUAGACAUCGUCAGCAUACGCCCAGACCUGAAAAUCACCUACAUCGGUCUACAAGCAAAAUGCUAUCAGAUCUUGGAGGGAGGUCGCGACGGAAGCGAGCCGGAGUUUGACGAGUCGCAUGCAGCGGAUCACCAUUCAAAUGCAGACGAAGACGGCAUCUCCGAAGAUGACUCGAUGGGCCCAACGGGCGAUGAUCACGACUUCCACGCACCAGAUGACUCGGAUCGCCUAUCCAGCGAUCUCUCUGACGGGUAUGACUCCGAGCAGGAGGACGAGAGCGUAUCGCGAGUGCGGUUCCGUCUGCAAGAGAUUCUCUUUUACGAUGACAAGAUAUCUAUUUUCAAGACUCGGCAUGGGGUGAUUUGA